CGUCAGUCAGCUAACAACUGUUAACGAGUGUCAAUUGCAAUUCAUGCUUUAGGUCUCUAAUUUAAUAAUAAAAAAAAAUCAAUGGCAAAUGUGAACACAGCGCAAGUCAGGAAAUACAGAGUCCUCAAACAUACACGACCUGCUAUGCUUGUCUGUUACGCUUUUCAAAUUGUGUCUUUAAGAGCCCUGGACUGGAUCAGGAUAAUAUGACUGGAUAUGGAAAAUUGCAAAAUGAUGAUGAAACUUUGUCGCGGACGGAGUCACAGGAAGCAAUGUAUCCUGGAAAACUAGAGAUUAAUUUUGAGGAGAUGCUAAAGAUGAAAGAGGUGGCAGAGAGGAAAAGCAAAGAGGAUGCCAGACGCAAGAAAAUGGAUAUGGAGAAGAAAGAAUUUGAACAGUUGCGGCAAGAAAUGGGCGAGGAUGAGAUCAAUGACAGUACUGAGGUGGUGAGUGCCGAGUAUGAGGAGCUAACGAAGCUGAAGCGGACUGGCUCCAUCCGAGCCAAGACACUGAAGUCCAAAUUUGAAAAGAUCAAGCAGCUGACAGAGGAGGAGAUCCAGAAGAAGAUCGAGGAGGAAAGAGCAAGGAGGAAAGAAAUUGAUGAAAAAAUCAAGGAGAGAGAGGCAGAGCGCUGUCAAGAGGAUGAAGAUAAUGACAAAACAUCUCCAACAAAAGUAGAAGAUGUACCAUUCAGACAUAAAGUGGACAUGCGUGCACGGUUUGAACAAAUGGCAAAAGCCAGAGAAGAGGAACAGAAGAGGAGGAUUGAAGAGCAGAAAUUACAGAGGAUGCAAUUCGAACAACAAGAGAUUGACGCUGCUCUACAAAAAAAAAAGGAAGAAGAGGAGGAAGAAGAGGGUAGUAUUAUCAAUGGCUCUGCUGCCUAUGAGGACGAGGAGGACCAUGCCAGGUCAGGUGCUCCAUGGUUUAAAAAGCCUCUGAAGAACCAGUCAGUGGUUGACGCUGAGCCCGUCCGGUUUACAGUGAAGAUCACAGGAGAACCCAAACCAGAGGUCACCUGGUGGUUUGAAGGCGAGCUGCUUCCAGACUCGGAAGACUAUCAGUACAUUGAAAGAGGGGAGACAUACUGCCUCUACUUACCAGAAACCUUCCCCGAGGAUGAAGGAGAGUACACGUGCAAAGCUGUCAACAGCCGAGGCACUGCCGCCAGCACCUGCAUUCUCACGAUUGAAACUGAGGACUACUGAUGCUCUCCUUCUCUGGAACUUUCCCAGUCUUCUAGUUUUUCUUUUCUAUUUAAGUUUAUUUCGCACUGUAGGGCCAAAAACCAAGGAGGAAGGAUCGUAUUCUUUUUUACCAUUCCUCCCAAAAGAUACGCUCAAUUCUGAAGUGCAAUCUGUUGUUUACAUAAGAUGCUUCACUCACGGUCAAGACAAAUUCAUACUUGGGAUGAAUUAGUGCCAAAAUACAGAUACUGUUUCCACAAUCUUUAGCUAUUGCAUAACAUAAGUGAAAAGCAUAGCUGAAAAAGAAAUCCACCAAACUGAAAAGUUUGUAGUAUGUACAACAUAUAAUCACUAUUACCUUGAGUAAGGAUUUCAUACCCAUAGAAUGAAUGAGACAUAUUGUUUGAUUCAGUAUCUGUUUUUUUAAAAGUCUUCAUGUGAAGGGGGAAGAUUUUGUGAUUUGGGGCCCCUAGGCAAAGUACAAGAAUCAGGCCCUCUUCAAUGACAUGCAUUUAGGUUGAUUUUCUCUUAAAGGUGCUGUAAGCCUUUUUAUUAUUAUUACAUUUUUUAUGGAAUAGUAUGGAGAAAAUAUUAUUACUGAUAGAUAUCACUGACUACGGAUACAUCAUGGACACCAGACACCUUUACAUGCACUCUUUACAUGCGGCGUACAUUACUCUUGUAUACAUGUGACUCGGUCAGUAAGCAGCUUUCUCCACAGCAAUGCAAUUUUCCAGCAAAUGCUUGUGUAAACAACACACAUGGCAUCCGAGGAAGACUUCACUAUUUUACUCUCUGUUGAUUUGCUUAUUUCCAGAUAUCCAGAGUUGUUAAUAAUGUCUGACAUCACAUUAUAAAAACACAAUCUGGCUACUAUGAAUUACAAUACAUUACAUAAAGCUACAAUACUUUUUUCUUUUUCACUCUCCCUUUCUUAAUGCACUUUUCCUCCAUCAACUUGACCUUGAAUCAACUAUAUCGAAAUUAUUAGACUAAAAGUUGACUUUACCUGUUUCCAGAAGGCUUUGAUCAACUUAAAAAUGUGAAAACAUAUAAAAGUUUGCUACAUUUAUGCUACUAAAUAGGGCGAAAACACGUCAACAGUCAGAUAAAUUAUUAUUUUUUAAUGUACAAGUGUCAACAACACCAGAACAUGAUCAUCAUCAACACUGUGUAUUGGCGACUAUAGUGAGUGUUGUGCUUGUGGAAGCAGCGGCAGGUGGCAGUGCAGCCCGUGCAGCAAUCUGAUCAAUUUGAAAAGACUUUAGGACAGGGCUCUUCAACUACAUUCUUGUGGGGGCCAGAUUAUCCAGAUGAAAACGAACAGGGGCCAAAUUGUUUUUUCAGAAUUCAUCUUAGCUAGCACUUUCAUUACAAGUAACAUGUUACUUAUAAAACACCUUUAAUACUGUGCAUUUAUUCAUAUAAAAUAGUCACAGGAUCCUGUACACUGUAUUUUGAAUUAUAAUUUUUUGGUCUGGCCAUAAAUUCCUUCAUAUAUAUAUAUAUAAACACAAUAUCAGUUUAAUAUUUUAGGGCUAUUGGUUACAGAUUAUUAAUACUGAGGAGAAACAUUUAGAUAUGCUAAACCCCUCUCACGUUAUCAACUUACAUAUGAAAACAAUGGUCAUAAAGAAAAGUCAUGUUAACUUAAGAAUGCAUUUAAAUAUAUAUAUAUAUAUAUAUAUAUAUAUAU